AUGAACGCCAUUCCCAGUGCUGGCGGGCGACCCCGCGCCGUAGUAACGCGAUUACAUUACUACUCAGAUUGUGCAGAAAUUCUCCGAAGGGCUAGAGAACUACAACAGAUUAAGACCAGAGACAUUGCCAUCUCCGUUUUUCCUGACUACACUGCGAAGACGGCUCGCGCGCGUGCAGCCUUCAAUGAUGUGCGCCGUCAACUCAGGGACAUUGGUGGAAUUCGCUUUGGGAUUCUUCACCCAGCCAAGCUACACAUCACGCACGACGGGAAACAACGCGACUUUAUCUCCCCAGAGGAAGCAGCAAAGUUUGUGAAGACUAUAACUGGAUAG